ACAGCGCGCGGACGUGAUUGCUACGAACUCCAAGAUGGACAGGAAAAAAAAUCACCACAAUGGCGCAGUCACUCCCCGGAGUGACUCCCCGAACAAGAAAAAGAAGAAGAAGAACAUGAACACGGGAGAGAAAUCUCGUCAGAAAGCAUUUACGCUAAAAUCGUUAGCAAAGCAGCUGGAAGAAGAAAGAAUCCAAACCACAGCCUUGUUGGAAGAAUUAGCGAAAGAACGAGCAGAAAAAGCGGAACUGCAGGCCAAUGUUUCUGCAUUGCAAACGGCCAUUAUUACUGCAGAAAAUGGCUGCCUUAGUAUGAAUGGAGCUACACCGAACUUUAGUGUGCGUCAAGCUGAUCAUACAUCUAGCUCACAGGAAUCUCAAACAGCCAACAACGCCGCAGAGAACGAAAGCUCGGAUUUUGACGGAGGGCCAAAGCACUCUAGUACCCGCCGAGCGGAUCCGGCUGUUAUUUUGAAAGAAUUCCAAGAGGCAAACAACGUUGUAGAAGACCGCAGCGAAGAUUUCGUGGGAACGACAGAACACGCCAAUACGGAACGGGUUGAUCCGUCAGUGACCUUGCAGGAAUCUCGAUUCAUUUCGUCCGUUAACCAGUUGUCCGUUUCGUCGCUAACGAUUCCCGAAUGCAAACCACUUGUGGAUGAAGAAGAAAUAACUCGACACUGUUACGAAUUGUGGAAAGAUCUCUUGUGUGACUCAAUGAAGCUAGCUGGAAUCCAGGAUGAGGAAACAAAAUUUGUCCUAUUCCGGAUCAAAGCUGGGUCACGCCUAUUGGGGAUUUAUAACAACACAAAAUCAACAGAUGGGGCACCCGAUCAGAAAACGCACCCUUUCUCGAAUGCGUUGCACCGAAUGAAAUUAUAUUUUGCGUCAGGAUCCGAUAUUAUGUUGCAACGGCGAAAGCUUGCGUUUAUGACGCAAAAAUCGGAGGAAUCAGACUUGACAUUCGUGAAUAGAGUGGCAUCUACUGCUAGGCUUUGCGAUUACACCGAAAAUAAGGAGCUAGAGGAAAUUAUCGAAUGCGUCGCCGGCCACGCAGCAAACCGCGAAGUACGUAAAGCCGCUUUACGCAUUUUGAACCGCAGGGGAACCGUUAUUGACUUGAUGAAUGCUGUAAAGGAAAUAGAAACCAUUCAGAUCAACGAAGACUACUUUAACCUUAAGCACGGGAUACAAAAGCCAGCGCUGGUCGCUCCUAUCAGAGCGGAUUACCCAAAGAACCCGGUCAUUCGAAAUAGAUUUCAUCCAUAUAACGGUAGAGGAACAGCUUCUGCUUCUCGAAAUCAACAUCGUAAUGCAGCAGGCAGUACACGAUCCAAUCUAUCGCACGAAGGGAAAUGCUGGAGAUGUAAUAAUCCGUACCACCUUCCCAAUGAUUGUCGAGCAUUUGUUAACCAGGAGGUGUGCCGUAACUGCGGCCGAAUCGGCCACUACAAACGGGCCUGUCGAUUUCCAGAUCAGUCAGCACCACCGAACAGUCGCAAGCAGGAGACAAAAGGAAUGAUAACAGAGAAGAUAGCCACUGUCGUAGCAGACAAGAAAGAGCAUGUUGCUGAACCAUCCGAAAUCGUAAGUGGUGCUCUAGAAAUUUGAUUUUGCUUAGGCAGCGAAUGACAUGGUUCUUGUUUUUUUCUAAUAAGUCGAUGGGUUUUAUAAUUCUAAUGUUAUUCCAUUAUUUGUCUUUUGUAUUCAGUCGAUAUAUCGAAAUUCUUUAGCCGCAAAACAAGUGAUUUUACUGACGUAAUGAAACGUGAUUUGUUCGUCAAACUGAAAAAAAUUGCUGAAG